GCAAAAAGGCAUUUUUAAGAGGCACCAGUCCCUGACAUAGCAGGCAACAUAACUUGCUGUCUCUGUCUAUUUCAGAAUGCUACAGAUCUUGGAUCCGAGACCGCUGCCAAGCCCCAUCAUGCCCGUGGAUGUGGCCAUGAGAAUUUGCUUAGCCCAUUCACCGCCGCUGAAGCGCUUCCUCAGCCCCCUCGAGGACUGUCAAAGAAAUAACUUCGUUAACAGAUUCAAACCUCUGCGCUCCUGCCUCAAUGUGAAACGGGAUCCUGAAGCGCAGCAAAGCGAUUGGAGCCGCCCGUCAGCCCGAGCCAAGAAGCGAGUCGUGUUUGCUGACUCCAAGGGACUCUCCCUGACAGCCAUACACACCUUCUCCGAGUUCCAGGAGCACCCUGCGUGGGACCUGCAGUUUGACUUGCUCGGCCUUGAGAACAUCACGUCUGGUUUAAAGCUACAUGAGGAGAACAGCCUGAUUCUGAGUUUCCCUCGGCCCUCAUCUGACUACCUGGACUUCCGGAGGCGCCUGCAGAAGAAUUCUGUCUGUCUGGAGAACUGUGCCCUCCAAGAGAGGGUCCUGUCAGGGACCAUCAAGGUAAAAAACAUCAGCUUUGAGAAAAAGGUUCAGGUUCGAAUUACAUUUGAUACUUGGAAGACAUUCACGGACACUGAGUGCGUAUACAUGAACAAUGUCUACGGUGACUCUGACAGUGACACCUUCUCUUUUACCAUUGACCUGCCUCCUGCCAUCUCCUCCCAAGAGAAGAUAGAGUUUUGCAUUUCUUACCAAAGUGGAGAACACAUCUUCUGGGACAAUAAUGAGGGUCAGAACUACAAGAUUCUCCAUGCAGAGUGGAAACCAGAUGGUGUUCAAAUACCAUCUGCUAGAAAAGACUGUAUAGACCUUCAGGCUCCAAAGAAAGUGCAGGACAGAGAGCCUGAUCACUUAGGCAGCCCAAGAAUGUCCAGAGGUCUCUUUCCCCAGUGGCAGAGCGUGGGAGGGAUUGAAAAUUCAUCACCAUAUUGGUGAUAGAUGCUA